UUAUAAUAUGAAGUAGGAUAUAUAAUAUAGUUAAAUAGAAAAAUAUGACUAGUUUCAGUAAAGCUCUGUUAAAACGUAUACUUAAUACAGUAUUUUUUUGAUUUGCUUCGGUAUUUACGUAAUAUUUAUUCUGGUCACACUGGAACCGUCCGUCACCGUCAUGUCAUGUUUGACAUUUGACUUUUUGUUGCAAGCAAACACAAAUUGUAAAAUUUCACAUUUUAGGUCAGUUUAUAGUUAUAUUUAAUGUUUUCCCAGUUUUGCACGCAAGCACAGAUUUCAUAGUUUAAACUGAGACCAUUUGCACUGAUUUGUGCAUUUGCCUGUAUUAUAAAUCCCGUAACAUAAUUUGGUUGAGCUGUCAACUCUAAUCGGGGCUUCUCAAACGGCUGAUUCCAUGAACAUUUUAAGAAUAAUAUGAUAUCAUGGCUGUACAACCUGACGCUGGCGGGAAAGAUGACGUGAAGACACAGUUUCUGACUAGAGAAGGCACUUACCGCUUGAUGACUUUAUCGGAGUAUUCUAGGCCUAAUCGCGUGGGUUAUACCAGUGGUUCAGGCUCUUCGCAUGUGCGUGUUUCAUUGGUAUCACUGCCACCGGGGCCGGGGAGUGGAGCACCCGGCUCCGACGGUCAAGGCUCAGAUGAUAGAAUAUGUUUUAACCAUGGAAAGGAGCUUUACGUUUAUGUCUACAGAGGAGUAAAAAAGGCAGCUGAUCUUUCAAAGCCAGUGGACAAAAAGAUGUACAAAGGCACAAACCCAACAUGCCAUGACUUCAACACGGUUACAAUGACAGCUGAAAAUGUAUCUUUAGUUAUAGGAUUUUCUACUGGCCAAAUACAACUAAUAGAUCCUAUAAAAAAGGAAUUAAGUAAAUUGUAUAAUGAAGAGAGACUAAUAGACAAAACUCGAGUAACAUGCAUCAAGUGGGUGCCUGGUUCUAGUAAUUUAUUCAUUUCGGCACAUGCUUCAGGCCAACUUUAUGUCUACAAUGAAGAACUCACUUGUGGCACAACAGCUCCACACUACCAGCUCUUUAAACAGGGGGAUGGCUACUCAAUACACACUUGUCGGACUAAAUCUACAAGAAAUCCAUUGUAUAGGUGGGUCAUCGGAGCAGAAGGUAGCUGUAUAAACGAAUUUGCAUUUUCUCCUUGUGGAACAAAUUUGGCAGUUGUAUCUCAAGAUGGUUUUCUUAGGGUAUUUCAUUAUGAUACAAUGGAACUGAUCGGCAGAGCAAGAUCCUACUUUGGAGGAUUCCUGUGUGUCUGCUGGUCCCCUGAUGGUAAAUAUGUAGUAGUUGGGGGUGAAGAUGAUCUAGUAACUGUGUGGUCAUUUAGCGAAUUGAGGGUAGUGGCACGUGGGCAAGGACACAGAUCAUGGGUAUCAGUUGUGGCAUUUGACCCUUAUGUGGUCAGUUUCACUGAACCAGAAAGUGAGGAAGGCAUUGAAGACGAUAGACAGAAAAGUGAGAGUGUGCAAUGUUAUAGGUUAGGUAGUGUAUCGCAGGAUACACAAUUGUGUUUAUGGGACUUGACAGAAGAUGUGCUGAAACCACCAGUGCGAGCCAGAGCGUCAGCACACCUUUCACCAAAUAGUCAAACAUUUUUACCAAACGGUAUACCUGGAGUGAAAGUGCCAACUAAAGUAACAAAAUCAAACAAAAUUGGUCACAAGCAUGCUGAGCUAAGUGGGCAAGCGACUGCGGCUGGUGAGCCUUCUGGUGCUAAACAAGCAACAAAAACGAAAGCUAACAACGUGUCUACUUUAAACAUUAGCGUUGGAAAAGCAAAGGAAGAGAGUUCUGGUUCUUUGGGUGUGAAUUCAUUGACGCAGAGACUCGCGGGGUUCUCCUUCGGAGAUCGUCGUUCAGAUCACCGACGUAACUUCAGUUUGACGUCAAAGCCAGCGGAACAGAAGACAUCAGCAUCGAACACGGUGGCGUUACGAGGGAAGAGUGCCGGGGCAGCUUCUAAUGAUUCCUAUGAUCCCUUAAAGUUGAUAGGCACUCCUUCGUGCCCUAGAUUCGAUGAAUGCCCAGUUUUAGAGCCGCUUGUUUGUAAAAAGAUAGCACAUGAAAGGUUAACGGCGCUAUUAUUCCGGGCAGAAUACUUGGUUACAGCGUGUGCUGAUGGUUGCGUAAACACGUGGGCACGGCCGGCACGCUCGCAAAACGGAGAACCACGAGCGCAUAGAAGAUUCGAGAGGAUCGACCUUGUAGACUAGUCCCAUACCUUUGGUACUGUUGCAUAUGGGCAUUAUGAACUGAUUAUACGCAAAUGAUUUGUCUAAUGAGGAACUGUCCUUAAAUGGUUUCUUUUUGAUGCCACACUAUUCACGCAUUUUUUCUUAUAUAAAUAUUUAUUUUUUAAGGGAAAUGAUUAUUUAUAUUCUUCUUUCAUAUAGUGGGUCAUAGAACCAAUUGUAUAUGUAAUGCAAAUAUGAAACCUUUAUAGUUGAUAUGGGUCUGUUUGUGCCAGAUAAUUAAAGGACAAUGAUUUGUCCUUUA